CUAUAUAUCCCGGUUACAUGACAUGACACCAUUUUCCCGAUCAACUUUCAUUUUGAUGAGUCAGUAGUUUGCGACACUACCAAGUCUUCUUCAGGACUGUACCAGAGAAAUCUUCUUCAUGACUGCACCAGAGACAGUAACAGGGCCGGUGUUGGACUUAUAAGGGUUUCACACCCUUGUCACUGGGGGACAGGAAUCCAGAAUCUGAAUGACUUGGACUUGAUUGUGCUGCACCGCUGAUUUCCCGAUAUUUGAUCACCAUGGCAAAUGUUGAGAACCUUGCUGAUGACAUUCAAAGGAUGAAUAUUCAGGAAGGGGAUUGUUUCUUCAUACAUGAAUAUGAAGGAGAUGAUGAGGGAGACAGGGAAAGCAGAUUUCUUGAAGCUGUAAAAAAGACAUUGGAGGAAGAUGGAUUUAAACUAACCCUGAGUAGAUGGAAGCCUACACCAGGGGAACCGGAAUGCAAGGUUCUGGAGAAAAUUCUGACCCUGGAUCAUGCCAAGUUAAUUCUUGCCUUCCCUGAGAAAUAUCUCUGUGAGGAAAAGCUGGUGGCAACCAUUGAUAAGAUCCUGAAGCGAGGGCUACACUUCAUUACAGUCAUAAUGUACAGCGACAAGUUUCUGGAACUUCCUGCUGAGUUGAGGGAGUUUGAUAUGAGGAGAGUGGAAGUGGACAGAAAGUGGAUGGAAGCAGAUGACGCCGAAAUGGAUAAGAUUGCCCUGACAGCGAGUGAUCUUCAUCCAUUUAUCAGAGAUGAACCUGAAACAGUUGAUCUAGCAUUUCUGAACUCGGGGAUUGGUCUUGCUUCGUCCUAUCAUUUUGGUUAUCUCCAGAUGAUCCUCAUGCCUGAUAAAAAGGUUUCAGGUUUUGAAGACAGAAUCAGGAAGUCGGAAUGGAGAAAGAAUCACCCUGAAAUUCUAGACAAGAACAUUUCUAAGAAGAUGAUCAUUGUGUUUCCGCAGGACUGCAGGGAACCAAAAGAGAUGAGUACUGAUCCUAAAAUAAAGCCCAAUGAUCGUAUAACGUUCUAUGAAAACAAAGUGCCAGUGCUUAGGGCAGGGAUCGAUAGGAAAUAUGACUUUGACUUCCGGCAAAUCAGAUCAAAAAAUGGUGAAGAGUCUUUCUAUGGUGUGGUCUACUUCUUCAACAUUGUUCAGGCCUUGACCGAAAUGAGGGAUGAUCCUAACAAGGACUUCUGUAAUCUAUCUGAGGAAACAAUGAAGAAAGAAGGCAAAUACUGUUUCGAGAAGUUGAGGCUCUUUCUGAAACACACUUCACCAAAGAUUCCUGAGGAGACCUAUGAACUGAUUGAACACAAUCCUGAAAAGAUGCCAGGUGAGAAUGCUCUUGCUGACAAAAUCUUUGACUGCCUCAAGAGAGGUCCAACCUUAGCUGAUCCCCCUAAAGAUGCCACUAAAGCAGGCGAAAGGGAAACCUCAGAUACGAAGGCUCGUGACCGUAAGACCAAUGUUCUGUGCUCUAUAGAGUCCCUCUCUAGCCAGAAGAUGCCGGAAGAUGUAAAAGCAUUCAUACAGAGCGAUGAAAUCAAGCGAGAUGAGUGUAUUCCUGGAAUGGCGGAAAUCGACUAUUACACGAAGCUGAUUGAGAAGUCUAGUAGACUGUUCAUGGUCUUGACAGAUGAAUUUGUGGAAUCUGAAUGUUUCGAAUUCGUGUUCUACUCUGUUUUGAAUCAGGUUUUUGAAAAGAACGAUAGGAGGUUCUUGGUAGUUCUUGACUGCCUCCAGAACAUGAUGGGCCACCCAAAGGCACUUGAACUACGUUUGUUCUUCUCCUAUAUUAGCGUCAAGGAUUGUAAUUGGGAGGACAAGGUCAAGAAAGAGCUUAGAGGUGACAAGUUACCUGUGACAAGUGACCUGCAGUUCCUAAACAUGGGAACUGGCUUCGCUAUGAGUUGGUACUACAGAUACUUGAAAUUUAGGAUGCCAGUAAUUGUUGACUUGUUCCGCAAUUGUGAAUUCUUGAUGGAACAGUUUCAAGCGGGAAGGAUGUCGCACAAGACGUUUAUCCUACAACCACAUUCUUGUCUCGUUCCCGAGUCGGUGACAAAUGCCGAUUCAAAAAUCCAGAAAAUUGAAAACAAGGACAUCAAAAUGCCGAAAAUCAUGAAAGCAACACGAAACUAUACUCCAACUCUAUAUAAAAUUACAGACGAAAAUGGCACUGAGUAUUAUGCUUUCCUGGAAUUCAAUACCCAGGCUGAUACAAUGCACAGAAUGUGUGAUCGUGGCUUGCUGACCAAUUCAGUCAUGUUGACAGAAUGGGAGAGAUUCUUCAACAAACUGAAGAUGCUCAUUUGCCAUAAGAAGGAACCAAUGCAGUUGAGAGAGAGGCUGACAACUAUUGAAUACGAUGAUGAAAACAUGAAAGCACCUGGAGAACUGUCCAAAUUGGUGAUGCGCUAUGUCAAGGAUGAAAUAAAGAAAGAAAAUGGAAAUUUACCAAAGUCAAUCGAGACUGGUGCUACCAUACACAAAUGGGAACAAUAGAAAAUGAUUGUGCAGAGAAGUGAAAGGUAAAACACUCGCGGUAGGAGAGAACGUGAUUGACUGUCUAGGCAACAAAGAAGUCACUGUUAGCUCUGCAUUUUAAAAAAAUUAUAUGACCCAGGGACUUUACACUAAGGCCUACUCUGUCGUGUCAAUACGUCCUGAAUAAAGGUUACUACAAUGUUGUUGUGUAUUGAUUGAUAUUCAAAUAUCAUAUAUGCCAGAUUUCAGAGAAUUUGCACGCAAAAUAACUUCACUAUGGUAACGUUUAUUCCUUGAUUCUAUUUACUCCAGCCACAAGAAACUUAAACGUUGUGGACCUUUAGAAUAUUACCCAAACAUCACCUUUUAGAAGAACGAUCAGCUAAACCUUAUGGCAGCUUUUUUAGCUCAGCUGACAAAGUCAGCGAAGCUGGUAAUAUUACUAAGGGAAUGGUGUCCGUCCUUCCUGCCAUCCUGCCAUCCUUCCAUGUCAAUUUUGGGCAUUUUGUAACCGUAAGACCUAGGCACUUUGUUAACGCUGCUAAAUUAGGAGUAGCCCAAGGGGAACUCAGAAACCAAAAAUCAGCGCGAUCCGACCUACAUUCGGCGAAUGAGGUCAUCGGGAAGUUUAAACUUCUUUCCUUUAUACCUCGGGCCACAGAGGAAAUAUUGUUUUUUAAAUCUGGCCGAAUAUUUUUUAAUAAUUUUUCAUUUUGACUUGUAAUGGAAUUAGUUUAGUUUUCACCGCCAGUUGGCGCUACAGGCACAUUUGACAGAUUUUUGACAAUUCAAAAGCCCGGGUUAUGACGUAUAGUUGCGCAGUUGUAUUCUGCGCAUUGAAUUGGCCAGGGAACCAGACUAUAUUUCAGCAUACCCACUGUGACCAGUGUAAAGAUGGUAGAUUGAUUUUGCAACAAGUAACCAAUUUUCUGCUAAAAAGUAGUCAAGUAGGCGAUAUUAUCACUAGUUCCUUUCAGUGGGUAGUCAUAAGGUCUUAAGGGAAUACUUUCAGAAAUUAGUUCUUGAAAAUUUGGCCACAAUUCUGUGAAAACGAUAUCGGAAGUGCACGCUCUGUUCGCGAUGUAUUUUGAAGUGGAGAAUUCCCACAGUAUGUGCAGUGAAUCGGCAUGAUUCUGUUUUCAUAUUAGUUUUUAGUACCACGAUUCUUACAUGAGUAAAAAGUAGACGUUUUAAGCAACACAAUAAUGUUACUCCCAUAAAAAUUGAUUGCAAAUUGACGGAGCUACGGCAUUCUGUUCGGCAAUUGUCAGCGCUGAUAAAAUACAUUGCUAAUGCAUGCCAAAUGGCACACUUUAAAAAGCGUUCAUUGGACAACGUAGGGAAUCACCAGAAAUGACGUCAUCGCUGGUCUAAAUCUUCUAUAUAAUAAUAUUAGAAGGGGGACGAAUAAAGUCACAUUUAGAGGCGUUGGAUCGCCUUGAAAUUUUGCAUGAAUGGUGGUGACACCUUACCCUGAUGCAACGUCUUGGUUUUAUUCAAAAAUUUACUUCAGCGGAGCAGAAAUGAGGGAUUUUUAAUCGGACACUGUCAAUUCUCCUUACCACUCACAGAAGCCAAGCCAUUGCUGUUAAGUUAUGCAGGGGCUUAAUCAAUUACCUUCUUCUUCUUCUUCUUCUUCUUGAUUGAGAUCCUCCCGUUAUGCGAGAAACCCUGCUAUUACGGCAGGUAGAGUUCUUGAAUAUUACGAAAAAGUUCACAGAUAAGGGAAUGAAAUUCCCACGAAUAGAUAAGCCAUAUAGUUCAUCAUACGUUAGAAGUCUUGCAGAAGCUGGUCCCUCUUUACGACGAGCAGAUGGCACAGGGAGCUGCAGAGCUUAUUAGAGAUGCUUAUGCUUGCUUUAGAUUCAAGUUUAAUCAUAUUGUCAAUAUUAUCAAUAGUUAAGUGGUUGCUGUUGCUAGUGUAGUUGUUGUUGUUGUUAUAGUGUAUGCCAUUCAGUGUAUGCUUGUCUACUUUAUAGCCCCAACCGUUUAUGAUUGCAGAGCAUUUCUCCCCCCCAGACCGUGGCGGCCGCUUGCCUUCGUUAUUGUAGACUCCACACAGUUCCUGGGUCAGCGGUUCUCGCUCGCUGUUGAGUGCAGGACAGUCAACCAGGAAGUGGGCCAUGUCUUCCUCCUCUCUUUUACAUAGGGGACAGCUGGUGUUCAGUUCCUUCCCAUAUCUUGCUCUGUCUGUCUGGACCGCGGACCUGCCAACCAUUAUUCUCGCUCUGGAGGUAGCUGCUAAGGUCAGGUGUGCCCUCCCUCCGCAGGCUAGCCACAUGGGGUGUGGUUUACCCAUCCAUGAUGUGCCGACGAUCAACCAUUUCAGAGUGCUUUUCCCCUGUGCCUCCUUUGCGAGCAGACCGUGCCAGUGUUCUGAUACUACCAUAGAUGUAUGGCCUUUCCACGCCAGCUUUGGCCAUGGGUACUGGAGGGCCCGAUGGAUAUCAAUUCCAUACCUUUCCCCUAUUGAGGCUAUCCCACUGAACCAGCUUUUUGAGCUAUCUUCUUUGAUCGCAAGUUGCCUCAUGGCAACCUGCCGUAGAGGGUUGGAUGUGGGCAAGCGGGUAAUGGCCCCAAAUAGCGAGAGCUGUCUCAGAUGGAUGCUGGCUUGUAUUGGUUUUGUUCCAGAUAGAAGAUGAACGGCAGCUACGGCGGUGUUCUCAGAGAGGCCCUGGAUGAGGUGAAUGGUCUUACGGUGGAAGAGGUUGAGUUUUGUCAGUUGUGCGGUUGUUGGAAUUGUUGUCUCUAAACCAUGGAUUAAUCUAGGUAGUAUAAAAGUGUCAUAUAGCUUGAGGGACGCUGGCGGAUCAAGGCCGUUAUGACCAUGAAAGCCAACCCCCAUCAGGGCAUACGCGGUUCUUCUUGCUAGCUUGAUUCUUGGUUCAAUAUCUGGGCAGGGUUUUCCCGCCUGCCAUUGGAGGCCGAGAUGGGCGAACUCAUCUGUUUUCGUUACCUCACGAUCCUCUAAAUACCAUCUGGUGUCUUUGCUUGUGUCUGACUUCGGCUGGUGGUGCGGGCACACCACUGACUUGAUAGGGUGGAGUUCAUAUAAGUUUGUGACAGAGUGCACGCUACAUACUGUCAUCAUUGCUUGUAGCUCUGUGGGCAGUGUUGAGAGGAGCAGCAGAUCAUCCGCACAUCCGGGGGUACCAAUAUAUACUGGACCUAUGUGCAUACCAAGUCUGGCUUCUGCUAGCGAUGUGGCCAGGUCGUUUGCAUAGAGCUUGUAGAGUGUUGGUGACAUAAUUGCCCCCUGUCUCACCCCCUGGGCUACCGUGAACUCUCUACUGUCGUGGCCAAGCCAUCUGAUCGUCUCUGUGCUUGUCUCGUAUAGGUCAUCCACCAGGCACCAAAGCGACCGUCGCAUUGGGGUGUUGUGCAGUUUUAUCUUCAGCCUCGCAUGGGAAACCACAUCGAAAGCUUUCCUUGCAUCCAGGGAGCAGAUGAAGAGGCUCUCUUUUCUCUCUUUUGAUUCUGCAAUGGCCUCUGUCACCAGCAGGGAAGCCAUGGCCGGUGAGCGUCCUUUGGUGAAACCAUACUGUAGGCCACUUUGCUGCUGGUUAAUGUCCUCAGCACAGUGUUUGAGACAUAUGUGUUCGAGCAAUUUACCGAAGAUGGAGGUGAUGGUUAUGCCCCUAUAGUUGUCCAUGAUUAGUGAGUCUUUUCCCUUUUUGGCUAUUGGAAUCUUGUAGGCUGAUUUGAUCGCCCUAGGUGCCCUCCUCCGUUUCAGGAUAGUGUUGAAGAUGCCGGUCAGGUGUUCUAGUGCUAUUUGUGAGCAAGAUAGCAGUUUUAGGUGCUCAGCUUUAUAACCUUCCUUGUCAGCUGCUUUCUUGCUACUUAGCAUGUUUAUAGCAUCCUUCACGCUUUCUGUGUUGAUGAAGAGGUGGUCCUCUUCCGCCUUUGCGUUCUCUCGUAUAUGGUCUAAGAUGUACUCGAGGUGAGGUUCGGCUGUCUUAGGUGUCGCAAGUCGUUCGUAGUUCUUGGCCCAUUCGCUUCUAACGAUGUCGGCAUCUGUUGUUACCUGGCCGUUCACUCUGAUAGGGCUGGCACCCGUUUUUUCUUGUCUUUGUUUUGCUACAAUCUUAUAGAAUAGGGCAUCGUUAUUGGAGGAGGCAGCUGAGAUUUGCUGCAGGAGUUCAUCUCGGUCGGCAGCGCCUUCUCGUCGCUGGAUCUGUCUGAUGCGCCUUGAGUCCUUUUUCUUGUUCAGCCAAGUUUGGUGCGAAACCUCUCGGGCUGCCUGCCUCUUUCCAUAGGUAGAGGCUUGUCUUUGAUGCCUUCACCGCUUCUGCCAGUAGUGGAGACCAUUUCUUAGGUUGGCAUCUACUCUGCUGGGCUCUUACUGUCUUGUAGGGUACUGAUGUGAGGGUAGCCAUGUUGAUUGCCUCCUGCAGGGCAAGCAUCGCUUCCUCUGGGUCUCUAUCGGUGGUGGGUUGCUGACGGAGCCUAUCUUCCAAAGCACUGCAGAACACGUUCGGGUCAGCCUCUGUGAAGUCGUAUAUUUUCCUACUGAGUUGCUUCUCCCGUACUACCUCCUUUGAUGGCUUUACGGGCAGUAGAGGUACCGUGGUUGAUGCUAAAAGUGGUAGGUGCUUUGAAGAGUUGAGCGAUGUAUCAUCUUCAAUAACGGCUGGAGUAGACCAGGCUGAGUUUGUACCUGGGUGGGCUCGGAAACAUAUGUGAUCGAUUCUUGAACUGUGGCCGAGGUGAGGGUUGAUGUAUGUCGACUCUCCUGUCCCCGUGUCACUCAGGGAUAGCUCAUUCAUUAGUGCAAUGAAUCGUCUUUCCUUUGGCCCCUUGCGGUGGACGUGAUCUUCAUUUAGAUUUCCUGCAAUGAUGAUUUCGUGAUCUUGACCAAAUUUCGUAACCAACUCAUAAAGUUUGUCCGUGUCCUCCAUGAAGGCUCCAAAAGCCAUGGUGCUUGUGCCGGAUGGGAGGUAACAAUUUAUUAUGCACAUUGGUCGCGCAGGUAAGUGGCACAGUGUUACGAGAAUUCUCUCGUUCCCCUCAUCAUUGAUCUUUCUGAUGUAGGGGCUGAGCCAUGGGGCCCAUAGUGUUGCUACACCACCUCUCCCCGCACUGUGCCGCAUGUUCCCAUCCUCCUGGGGCGUUUCACCUGCACUCCCUGCGGGGUGAAUACAUUACCUUUUGAACAGCUGGCUGUAGGGGGAUGAUUGGAACAGCCGGUAUACCUGCUGACCUGCUGAACCCAGAUAAAUGUUAUUUUCAAUCCACGAUUGCAGGUCACCUGAUUUUCGAGAUUUCGCGGGAAAUUGUAAACAAACGCAUGUGUGCAGUUCAAAUGUAAACAAAAAUGUAUUUUUGGUACUUUUGGUUGCUGGACUUGGGUUUUCCCGCAGUUAGGAGCUGGGGUCAAAUUGGCGGUCUAUUGUUUAUGGGUGCUGUUUAAGUCAGAGGUAGCCCUUGAUUAUGAAGGGAUUUUCAAAUAUGAAAACGACCCUUUGUAUUGUAAAUUCCAAUCACCUGCAGGACAGGUCAAUUUCUCUCAAUAAAAUUAAUUUUGUUGACUCCUGUAAUCUCUACCUUAUCAAAAAAAAGACAGUGGUGUUAGUCCCAAACUGGUCAUUUCUAUUUAUUUUGACCUCUGUUAAAUCAGGAUACCUCUCAAUUACAGACAGCAUUUUGUAUCCUUGUGCUGUACAACCCAGCCUGGACAUACCACAGUUGUCCAUGGAGAAGUCUCAUCCUCUCUGACACUUCUUUUCUGUAAAGCUACCGAUACAACAUACUGAACUAGGGAUAUCUUCCGUUGCCUCCUGUAAUAUUUACAUACCAUGGCUGAUACGUUCAAUCAUAUUUCAUCCAGCUGGCAGCUCUGCAUUGGAAAUCUUAGUGGUAUAACGUGUUCUCUUGACCUUCAAACAGUAGUGUAAAGCUGAUAUUUACUACUUUACACCCUCAGUCCUAUGUUAUUAGGUGAUCCAGCUGAGCGCCAGGCCCUUGGGCCUCUUGUUUUAUGUCUGUGUAAUAUUUCUCGCAUAAUCACCUUGUUGUAAAUAGGGUAAACCUACCAAAUGCGCUGAACUCCAACCACCCAUACCGUUUUCAGGAAGGAGCUAUGGUGACUCUCUCUUGACAUGUAUGCAGCUUCCUUUAUUGGCGUAUAUGGUGUAUGGUAUUCAGCGCUAUAAUCUUGUUGAAAUGGGGUAAACCUACCGAAUGGUGUAGAGCUUUAAUACAUCAACUUCAUCUUUUUUAGGAAGAUCGAGCUACCGUUAUCUAAAUUAGUGACAGCUUUCUUUGUUUAUGUAUGGUAUUCAACACUUUCGCCUUGUUGGGGUAAACCUACCGAAUGUACUGAACUCAGUCAUGGUACACUUUAAAAGCUGCUAUAAGUUUACGUGCCAAAUACAUUGUCGAUUUCCUCUAUUUAUUUCAUGUUUGCAUAACAUAAACUAUCAUUAUUUUCAAAGCACAGAUCUUGUUAAAACUUCAUUAUCAAACUUUAUUUUUAAUUUUCCUAAAAACUAGAUUGUGUUGUUAAUUCCUACUAGACAGUACAUUUCCUCAAAAUGACACCACUUCCAAGCUUCCAAUUAUAAUCCAGUUUACGAGGGAAAAAAAUAUGCAAAAAAGACUCACGUAGCUGGGAAACAUUGUCAGCAUUUUGGCGUUCUUAAGCUGCGUUCACACUGAAUACGUAUUGAAUGCGCAUUCCGGAAUACGUGCCCCGGAAUACGAAUCAAUGUUAAUUCGCAUUAAUUGGGGUGUUCACACACAACAUGCCAAUGCGCAUUAACCGGUAUCGCCGCCUAUUGGCCAUUAGGAGAACGAAUCGACUCUCCUGAUCAGGAGGCGCAAAUGUCGCUACUACAACAGCAACAUGGAGAUGGAUGUACAACAUGUCCAACAAGAUGAGGAACAGCAACGCCGGCAAAGCUGACAAACGGAAGAAAUCUGACACUACAUGCACUAUUGACAACGAAAUGACAGAUCAUGCGUUCUCCAUGUGCUAGAACGGAAAUAACAUAUUGCGCAUGCGCACAGGAGGGCAGCCUUGUUAAUGCGCAUUGAGUUGUUCACACCGAAUGCGUAUCGGGCGAUCCGAAUUCUGAUGCGAAUUCAAUACGGUGCUGGAACCGUUUUCGAUAAACCGAUUUGGCAUCAUUCCAAAACGAUUUCAGUCUGAACAGUUUAAAAUACGAAUUCAGGUUUUAAUUCGUAUUCAAUUCGUAUCAAAACGCUAGUGUGAACACAGCUUAAGUGAUGUAUCAUAUCUCUGAUUCUGGCAAAGUAAGUAUAAUUAGAGCUUUUUAGUGCUUGAGUUUUUUACUGUGAAGUUUCAGAUGAAAUCUGACAUUUUGUUCAACUGCUGUAUUAUAUGUAUAAAAACCAAAUAAAUCAGUUUGCCAUUAUUGUGAAUUGGACUAAAGUCCUUCACAGAAACUGUCUUGAUGGAAAAGUUUUGUAGCAUUUUUAUCUCAGCUGAUCUACUCAUAUCGCUAUUCAAGAUAGGUCUGUCCUCCCUUCCUUCCUUCACUCCAUCCAUCCAUCCACCCAUCCAUCCAUCCUUCAGGAAGGACAUCAUCAUGCUAAAAACUCAACUCCCCUCGCACACGUUACAUAAGCUCGGUCGAUAAAGUGCUGAGUGUUGGCCUGAGCUUCAGGAUGGCCAUUAUUAUGCUAGAAACUCGACUCCCCUCGCACACAUCACAUAAGCUCGGUCGAUUAAGUGCAGAGUGUUGGCCUGACCAUUAUUAUGCCUGAAACUCGACUCCCCUCGCACACAUUACAUAAGCUCGGUCGAUAGUGCCGAGUGUUGGCCUGAGCUUCAGGAUGGACAUUAUUAUUCUAGAAACUAGCCUCCCCUCGCACACGUUACAUCAGCUCGGUCGAUUAAGUGCCGAGUGUUGGCCUGAGCUUCAGGAUGGACAUUAUUAUGCUAGAAACUCGACCAACCUUGGGAGAGUACGAGUUGUGUAGUCUGGAUUGUAUGGAACCAAUGUAACACAGAACUUGUGAUUGUGAUUUUUUUGAUAAAUUUCGAUAGCGGUACAAUUCUCUAAUAAGAGAUGAAAACCAUAUUUUCAUGAUAAGUUUCGGUUUUAGAUUUUAGUUUAAGGUAUUUACAUGUAUAUGGCUAGCCCUUAAAUUAAUGGGGCUAACUUCUACAUUGCCUACAUUCAUGAUAAUAUAUAUUUAACUGAAAUAAAUUGAUGUUUCCCAUUGUGAUGAUUGUGUGCCAUAAACGUCCAUGUUAGAGAUACUGUGUGUGUAUCAAAACAGUGAUAAUGAAGAAGUAACUUUUUUUGUGAUAAGGCCAAGCAGGCCACUAUCCCAUUAUCUUAAUCAAUGAUACCAUGACAUCAAUCCAUACUGUAGAUUGGGGCAAUAGAUAGCAAGGGGCGGGGGGGGGGGGAUAAUGCACACUUGUGAUCAACCCAUCGCAGCAAAAGGAGGCGCAUGUAGCACAGAAGAUUAGCCUAACUGACACCAGGAGAUAAUGGAAGAAAUUGAUGAACUCGGAUUUAACGAGAGGCAGGCAUUACAGCAAUGAAAUAAAUAGCUAGGCCUCUCGAGCGACAUGCGCCUGGUUUUGUGACAACGAGUCACACUUGUGCCGAGAGUGAUAAUGAUAGACUCUAAAUCUGAAAGGAGAUUACUUGUCCUGUAGGUUACCAGAAGCAAAUAAUAGAAAACUUAAUUGUGAGUGCAAUAAAAUUGAGUCCAAAGUUUCAUUGAAAUUUAUUCUCGACAAUAAAAGUAACUGUGCAUGUA